AUGAUUAUUAAGGUUUCCAAUAAGUUUUUUAUUAACAAAAAUUAUUACAGCAUAUGGAUAGGAUAUAAUAAAAAUAUACAACAGAAUGCAUAUUUUAAAAAUAGCUUAGAUUACAUUUUUAAACCCAAAAGCAUAGGAGUAAUAGGUGCAACAGAAAGAAAAGGAUCUGUUGGGAACUCAAUUGUAAAUAAUUUAUUAAAAGGAGAAAACAAUUAUAAAUUAUACUUUAUAAAUUCUAAAGGAAGUAAAAUAUAUAAUAGAGAUAGUUAUAAAAGUUUAAAAGAUAUAAAGGAUGAUAAUAUUGAUUUAGUAGUAAUAGCAGUACCAAGAAAUUAUGUGAUAAAUAUUAUGAAAGAAUUGAAAAGUAAAAAUGUUAAAGGGGCAGUUAUAAUAACAGCAGGGUUUAAAGAAACAGGUGAAGAAGGAUUAAAAUUAGAAAAAGAAAUAAUGAAUAUAGGAAAAUCAGAUAACAUAAGAAUAAUAGGACCUAACUGUUUAGGUGUUAUUAAUUCCUAUCAUAAUAUGAAUGCUUCUUUUGCAAGCGAUAAUAUUUUAAAAGGAAACUUUUCUCUUUUAUCACAGAGUGGGGCGAUAUGUACAGCAGCUUUAGAUUUAUCUCUACAACACAAUAUUGGUUUUUCUCAUUUCAUAUCUGUUGGAUCUAUGUGUGAUGUUCAAUUUUAUGAAUUAGUAGAAUAUUUAUUUUAUGAUAAAAAUACCAAAUAUAUAUUGUUAUAUGUUGAAUCUAUUGGAGAUAUGAAUAAGUUCGUAGCUACUUGUAAAAAAGUAUGCUUGUAUAAACCAAUUAUUCUUUUAAAAAGUGGGAAAACAGCAAAAGCAGCAGAAGCAGCUAUUUCUCAUACAGGUUCAAUGGUUGGAAAUUAUGAUAUAUUUUAUGCGUGCAUGAAAAAAAUUGGUGUUUUAGUUGUUGAAGAUUUUGAAGAAUUAUUUAAUAUGUGUAAAAUUUUAAAUUUUUCAAAAUAUCCUGAAACAAAUGAAAUAUGUGUGGUAACUAAUGCAGGAGGACCUGCUGUCUUAUUAGUAGAUAAUAUUAUAAAAAAUGAUGGAAUGUUAACUAAUUUAAAUGAAAGUUUAAAAAAAAACUUAAAUAACUUUUUGCCAGAAGCAUGGAGUAAAUCUAAUCCCAUAGAUAUAUUGGGGGAUGCAUCUCCAACUCUAUACAAAAAAACUAUUCAAACUUUAAUAAAAGAUAAUCAAUAUAAAAAUAUUAUAGUCUUAUUAUCUCCGCAAAGUGUAACUGAUCCAGUAAAUACAGCUAAAGAAAUUGUAAAUCUUAAAAAGGAAAUUACAGAUCAAGGGAGAAUAAUAUUAUGUAAUUAUUUAGGAGGUACAUCUUUAGAAAGGUCAACAGAUUUAUUAAACAGAAAUAAUGUCCCUACUUUUGUAUAUCCAGAAAAUUCCACUCAGAAUUUAUUAAAACUUUAUCAAAAUAUUGUGCACAUUCAGGAAAUUUAUGAAGAAAUUCCUGACUUUUUAUCUGAUUCAGAAGAAAAUUAUUAUAUAAAUAAUUUAAUAUAUCAAUAUUAUUUAAAUAAAUCAAAUUCUGUAGGUAAAGAAGAUAUUAAAGAAAAUGAUGGGGAUUUUAUGGAGGGAAAUCUUAAAAAACAAAAGGCAAUAGAUAUAAUAAAAAAAUCUAUAGAAAAUAAAAAUUAUAUCUUAAAUGAGCAUGAUUCAAAAAUGAUAUUGCAAAUUUAUGAUAUACCCAUUGUUGACACGAAAGUAUUUCAAAAUAUUGAGGAUAUUGAGAAUCAUUCAAGUUUCACAUUUCCAUGCGCCAUGAAGAUUUAUUCAGAUACCAUAACUCAUAAAAAAGAUAUUGGAGGAGUUAUAUUAAAUAUUAACAGUAAAGAACAAUUAAUUAAAUCAUAUAAAAUAAUAUAUGAUAACAUAAAGAGGUAUAAUCUUGAAAAAGAGUUUAAAGGAGUUACUAUACAAAAUAUGGUUAAUACAAAUGAUGGAAAUGAAUUAAUUUUAGGUUAUUAUUUUGACAAUAAUUUUGGACCAGUUUUAUUAUUUGGCUCAGGUGGUUCUUAUGUAGAAAUAUUCAAAGAUAGUGUAUUAUUAAUACCACCUCUUAAUUUCUCAUAUACACAUCAUACUAUUAAAAAUACAAAAAUUUAUAAUGCUUUAUUAGGUAAAUCUUCUAGAUUUAAGAAAUGCAACAUGCCAAAACUUAUUACAACUAUUAUAAAAUUUUCUGAAUUGAUUUUAGACUUAUUACCUUACAUAAAUGAAUGUGAUAUCAACCCUUUAUUUAUAUCUGGCAAUGAUAUUAUUGCAUUAGAUGCAAGAUUUACUUUAAGAAACAAUAUAAACGGUAAUUUAAAAAAAAAUAGUUAUGAUACAUUUUGCAAAGUUUAUCCUAUUGAUUUUGUCUUUUUUAAUGAUUCUAUUAAACACAUGAAUAGUAAAAUGCUAAAUAAUUCAUCACAAGAACAAGAUAAAAUUAUGCAAUAUGAUAUGUCAAAAAAUAAUUAUUUGGAAAAUAUUGAUUCUAUUACUAGAUGUAUUCAUGAAUAUGAUUUUAAAUUAAUUCAUAAAUUUCUAAAUAAAAACUACAAAGAAUUACAUAAUAAUACUUUCUUUUAUACAAGUGAAGAUCAUAUAAAAACAAAAUUGUUUGCAUAUGAAUUAUGCAACUGCGAUUAUGAUUCUUAUAAUGUUAUUUUAUACAAAUUAAAAAGUGAAAUAAAUGGAUUGAUGAAAAUAGAAAAUCGAAAAGAUAACCACUGCUAUAUUUAUGCCAAAGAUACUCAAGCUUUUUGUAUUUUAAUUAAAAAAUUAAGUAUUCUUGCAAAAAAAAAAAAUUCUACAACAUAUUUUAUAUAUUUAAAAAAUUCUUCACCAUAUAUAGAAGAAAUUAAAUCAUUUGGUUAUAAAUUAGAUCAUAUAUGUGAUGAUUUAUCAUGUUAUUCUUAUAAAUAUUAA